AACAUUUUUUUUGGGGCGGUAGACUUAUGCAACUCGGUUAUUUGAGUCUCAACGCUACGUUUUAUACGAAUAAGAUUAAACCACAACAGACUGUUGAUAUAGAGACUGAAAAUUGUCGUAUUAAUGGAAGCAGGAACAAGAAAAGGCAUCGCAAUACGGGACUGUUUUUGGGAAAGACGCGUCAAAUACCGUUUCGAAUCUGCUUUGGUGGUGAUUGGACGAUGACUUUAGAAGAAGCAAAGAAGAACCCUCGAGGAUUAGGAAAUAUAUUCUUUCGAUUUCUACGCUCAAUAAUACCGCGUAGUGAAAGCGUGGAUUCUUCUGUGACGAGUACCGACGGAGAUUCGGUUGAAUGGCGCGAUCAAAGCGGUGCUACACGUUCAAAAAGAUAUUCCAGUCGUCAAGUAUCAAGUGUACCUAUCAAAAUAAGACAUCUUCACAAAACUUUUGGUGAAGGUAGUGAGAGCUUUGUUGCAUUGAGAGAUAUCAAUCUGGACUUGGAAGCAGGCGCUUUGGUUGCACUUGUCGGUCCUUCUGGUUCGGGAAAAUCCACACUUUUACGUAUCAUCGCCGGUCUAGAGACUUGCGAUACGGGUCAGAUACUUUUUGGUGAUGAGGAUGCUACUAAUAUUCGUGUGCAGGAUAGAAGAAUAGGUUUUGUAUUCCAACACUAUGCUCUUUUUCGUCAUAUGACAGUGGAACAAAACAUCGAAUUUGGAUUAAAAAUAAGAGGAGUCGAUAAAAACACUCGUAAAAAGAAGGUUGCAGAAUUGUUGGAUUUGAUGCAGUUGUCUGGUUUAGGUCAUCGAUAUCCUUCCCAAAUUUCUGGAGGACAACGACAACGUGUUGCUUUAGCACGUUCUUUAGCUCCAGAUCCUAGUGUGUUAUUAUUGGAUGAACCUUUCGCUGCUUUGGAUGCAAAAGUGCGUAGAGGAUUACGUGCAUGGCUUAGAAGACUCCAUGAGGAAGUCGGAGUGACAACUAUUUUUGUGACGCAUGACCAGUUAGAAGCUUUGGAAGUUGCUUCUACUUUAGUGGUUAUGAAUCGGGGUCGCGUGGAACAAGUAGGAACUCCAUCGGAAGUGUACGAUAGUCCACAAACACCUUUUGUAAUGAGUUUUAUGGGGGACGUCAACGUGUUAAAGAGAAGUAGAGCUUUAGGAGAGAAUACUUUGCUUGACUUGGAAAACACACAAAAAUUUCGGUCCCAACGAACACCUGAAACUUUUAUGUUGCGACCACAUGACAUUCAAAUUGACUCAGCUCCAAGUUUAUUCACUACGGAAGCAACGGUAGUAAGUAUUGUAUUUCUUGGUUGGCAGGUCAAUGUGGAUGUCGAAUUAUCAGACGGACAAGUCUUACAAGCACACUUGACGAAGACAACGUUUGAAAAGUUAAACCUCUCUCGGGGUCAAACAGUCUAUAUUCGGUUUCCGGAAAAGACAUUGUAUCAAGUAGAAGAUGACUAUAGCAUUUAGGUUGGCUUUUCUCUAUCGCCCUUCAAACUCAAGAACUUUUAAGAGUAACCAAUGCGAAAUAUUCAAUAAAGCAACUUGGAUGCUAUUCAAAAUGGAACGAUAAAAGAACCUGAAUAGCU